AUGAAGGCAGUACAGAAAUAUAACGGUGAUUAUUGUUUCCCUUUCUUUCUUUCUUUCUUUCUUUCUUUCUUUUUUCACGUCUCUUUCUUUCUUUCUUUCUUUUCUUUCUUUUCAUUAACUCUUUCUUUCUUUCUUUCUUUCUUUCUUUCUUUCUUUCUUUCUUUCUUCAGCUGCUGCUGUUGCUUCUUCUUCUUCUUCUUCUUCUUCUUCUUCUUCUUCUUCUUCUUCGUCUUCUCGUUUAAUCCUCUUUCUUACUUUCCUAAUCGUCUUCAUCACCUUUCUUAUUUCUUUCUUUUCUCUACUUUUCCCUAUGAAACCUAUUUCUUUUUUCCCGCCUAUUGUAUUCCGCAUCUUCAGUCUCUCCACACCUCCCUACUUCACCCUCUUCACUUUGUUUCAAUGGUUCUUCAUUAUUCAUCAACCACUCUGCCUUUUACCCAUUCUUUUUUCCCCUUUGUAACUUCUCUUCAAUUUCUACUAUCAACUCGUCCUCUUCCUUCCCACAUGCAUCUUUUUCUCUUCUUUAUCAUCCAUCUCAUCCUUUCUUCAUCAUUCAUCUAUUUGUUUGUUUGUUUGUUUCUUUCUUUCUUAUUCUCCUCUCUAUCGUUUUCGUUCACCCACUCUACCGUCUCAUUUUUGGUGCCGCUUUAG